AUGUCGGGAAUUCAAAGUUUAUUGAAAACUGAAAAAGAAGCACAGGAGAUUGUAUCUCAGGCAAGGCAAUACCGCGCACAAAAACUAAAAGAUGCCAAAUCUGAUGCGCAGAAGGAAAUUGAACAGUAUAGGCUGAAGAAAGAAGCGGAACUCAAGAAAUACGAAGAAGAAUUUCAGGGCUCGAAUCAGAAACUUGAAAGGGAAGCCGAAGAGCAGGUCAAAGAUGAGCUUGCAAACAUCAAGAAAACUUGUGAAAGUAAAAAGGAGAAUGUCAUCAAGCUUCUCAUUGACGCUGUUAUUUCUCCCAAACCUGACCUGCAUAUCAAUGCCAAACAAUAG